GGGAGCAACACGGGGUUGGAUAUCAGCACUCUGCCUGGGGGUGUGACUGACUCGCAUCGACUUGGGGCAGCAGGUGUUUUGAACAGCGCCUGAAUCUGGCAGGUUAACCCCCCCCCGAAUUCCUUGGCAUUUCGCACCGUGCCUGAGAAACGUUUGUGAAGGGAUUAUUCGUGAGCGUGCGGCAGCGUUGGUUGAUCCCCGAGCCCAGGCGGCAGGAGCGUCUGAUUUAGUGCCUGCGAGUCUCUCCGCCGGCCGGGCCCGCGCUCCGGCCAUGCGCGCGCUGCGGGGCGCGGGGCUGCGGGCGCCGCUCUCAGUAGCAUGGUUGAUUUCAUGGUGUUCCGUCAUAGCUGGGCCCCCAGGAGAGAAGAUGACUGCUGCUGCAGGAUCCUGCAUUAUGCUCCCUGGACUGGAUCAGUUGCAGGGUGUUAGCCUCAUGCAGUGGAAAUUUUCUGAGCAGUACCUCGUGAUUUAUCAUGUCAAUAACUCCAGUUUUCCUGACGUUGUGGACCAAGACCGAUUUCUUUUCCAGAAGUCAAAUGGAUCUCUCCAGAUCUGUAGAUUAAAAGUGAAUGACAGUGGGAUCUAUACCCUAAUAAUAAACAUGAAGAAGCAAAAUGAGAGAUCCAUCCAACUAGAAGUUGUUGAGCCCGUGUCCCAGCCGGAACUCUGGAGCAACUUGUCCUUGAUCGGCCUUAGCACUGAGCUGGUGUGCAGCACAUCAGUUGAGAAAGUGGCUAAAUAUCAGUGGAAGAAGGAUGGGAAGCCCCUCCCUAUAGAAAGCCAUUACCAGCUCUCUCAGAAUAACAGUGUGUUACUCAUACUAAACACUACCUGGUCUGACAAAGGCUCCUAUAGUUGUAAUGUCAGUAAUGAGGUCAACUGGCAUGAAGUUUCCCUGGAGCUACCUGUUCAACAAUACAGAAAGAGAAUAUGGAUGCUACUCCCAGUUGGAAUAUGUAUGAUUGCCUAUGUUGUCACUGGUUUCUUCAUUUUUAAAUCCAGCUCAUGAGUUUUUUUUUUUUUUUUUUUUAAAUUCUGACUUUUAUCAGAAGAAGGAUCUUUUGGGGAAAAGAGCUUGCAACAGAACUUCCUUGAAUGUCUUGUGUGAUGUCCUAGUCAAUUUCUGGAAUAAUUAAUGAAGCACUUUAUGGUGAGCAGAACCAGAUGCUUCAGAGAAAGAUGCACGAAACCAUGCAGUGAGCAGUUACGGAACAAUCCAUUCCCAAGGAGGUCUCUGAACUCUCUGUGAUGUUAUUGACAUGAACUGUGACUGUAUAGAUCAUUGUUGCAACCACUGUUAUAUAUUUACAGCAAAUAUUGUACAAAGGUUGUCAUGUUGUCAUGGUUGUCAUGCUUCGAGCAGGGGGUUGGACUAGAUGACCUUCUGGGGUCCCUUCCAACCCUUAUAUUCUAUGAUUCUAUGUUUCUAUGUGAGGUGUCUGUAAAGAGGUUAUGAUUUGCUGGUUAUGCUAUCUGUAUGUGUGUAUCAUUUUUGUAGUUGAAGUUAUGAAAAUUGGCUAUGUACUUGUAUCUCAAUGUGUUUUGAUUCUAAGUAGACUCAGUGAAGCAUUUGGUCAGCUUCUUGAGAAAGGAAUUUGCAGAUGAAGUGCCCAAUCGAGAAACACUUAACUGACAAUAGAUUUGGGGAGACGCCAAUCCAUAUCUGAGCUUUCCUGGGAAUGUUCAAACUAACAUGUAAACAAUGGCAUCGGCCUGCAGACUGAGUCACACAUGUGACUUGCCCAUGGGACUCCAGACUCCAUCUUGCUGCUGUGAUUUUUCCACAGUAAGAACAAAGGGGUGUCCUUCCAUGGGCAGAGAAUAUAAAAGGCCCUGGAAACUGCUCCAUCUUGUCUUCAAUCCUGCUUCUGACCUCUGGAGGAACCUUGCUACAAACUGAAGCUCUGAACAAAGGACUGAAUGACCCAUCCCAGCUGUGGAUGUACUCCAGAGACUUGAUUUGAACCUGCAGUUUAUUACACCACUGCUACAAGCCUGAACAGGAACUUUGCCAUUACUGUAUUAAAUUGAUUCCAUUUAACCAAUUUUAGCUCUCAUCUAUAUUUUUUUCAUUUAUGAAUAACCCUAUAGAUUUUAGAUUCUAAAGGAUUGGCAACAGCGUGAUUUGUGGGUAAGAUCUGAUUUGUAUAUUGACCUGGGUCUGGGGCUUGGUCCUUUGGGAUCGAGAGAAGCUUUUUUCUUUUACUGGGGCAUUGGUUUUCAUAACCAUUCAUCCCUAUAAUAAGUGGUACUGGUGGUGAUACUGGGAAACUGGAAUGUCUAAGGGAAUUGCUUGUAUGACUUACGGUUAGCCAGUGGGGUGAAACUGAAGUCCUUUCUGUUUGGCUGGUUCAAUGUGCCUUAGAGGUGGAGAACCACCAACCUGGGGCUGUAACUGCCCUGCUCUAAACAAUUUGUCCUGAAUUGAUAUGCUCAGGUGUGUCCCACCAAAGGCAGCUUCAUUACAGGUGUCCUAGUCAAUUUCUGGACUAAUUAAUGAAGCACUUUAUGGUGAGCAGAACCAGAUGUUUUAGAGAGAGAUGCAAGAAACCAGGCAGUAAGCAGUUAUGGAACAAUCCGUUCCCAAGGAGGUCUCUGAACUCUCAAUUGUUGGAUUAACAUAUACUGUGAAGAAUUAAGGCUUGAGUGUCAAGGAGGGUUUGAAGUAGCCAUUUCAACACUUGUGUGUUCAAUCCUCACUAUUAUAAUGUUGGAUGUUUCUGUUCUCCAUAUAAAUAUCCAAACUGUUUUUAAUUCUUCCAAGCUGAGUCCUGGCCUUAAUGAUAUCUCAUAGCAGUGAGUUCCACUCACCUCAGCUGGUGUCUAGCUGAGCAUGGAUGAGGAUCAAACCCAGAGGUGAUGGAGGGUUGGGAGAAGUGGAAGAGGUAGUAUCAGCCCUUCUGGAGGAAUUCGUUUAUUUGAUCAUAUGACAGUGGUAACCCAGUCAGUGUCUGGUUUUUUGGGGUUUUUAUAAACCGGGCACAUCAUAGGGUAGGAGGCUGUGACCUUGCCUGUUGGAUGCAGACCUUGCUACUGUUAUCCUGGCUUUUGUCAUCUCGAGAUUAGACUACUGCAGCGCACUCCGCAGGUGACUAGACUUUAAAACCAGUCGGAGACUGAGGCUAUGUCUACACUAGAGACUUUACAGCAGGACAGUUGUACCGAUGCAGCUGCACAGCGGGAAGGUCUGCCAUGUAGCUGCCCUAUGCUGGCGAGAGAGAGCUCUCCCAUCGACAUAAUUAACUACCCCCAACAAGUGGCAGUAGCUGUGUCAGCAGGAGAGUGGCACUGACUGACUCUUGGUCUCUGGUGGAAUUUAAAGUGUUGGUUAUGACCUACAAAGGGCUAACUGUCUUGGCGCUGGCCUGCUUGAGGGAUUGCUUCUCUCGCCAUGCCAUGCUGCCGGAGCUGCAGUCAGUAGGGGCAUUCAGGCUCGAUCCCUAUGAAAGAGAGGCGGCAGCUGGCAGCGCAUUCUCUGUGAAGGCUCUGGAACCUGCUCCUCUUGGUAUGAAAUAGCCCACAUUUGGUAACUUCCUAGGCAUGCUGCAAAAGACAUCUCUCUGAUAAGGGCUCUGGAAACAAUGUGGAGAGGUGACCAGCUGGCAAAGUUCCUGUGGAACUAAUUUUAAUGCUGCUGAGACUCACUGGUAUUUAUUGUGUAAUUAAUUAUGUAACGGCACCUAGAGCUUUGGAUUGGUAGAUUUAAAUCUAAAUAAAGAAAAUAUUUUAUCA